CCGUGUAUUGUGGUUGGUGCCUUCUUAUCCAAAUUAUGACUCAAAGGAUACCCUGCCUAAAUCCAUGUUAUUUAAAGACACUGAACUAACAAUAGAGAAGCAUUAAACCCAGUUGUUUCUCUCUUCAUGAUUUGCAUUAUACUCAAACCCAACCAUAUGGCAAAAACUCCCUUCCUCCCUCCUCUUAUGUUUCUGCUGCUAUUUGCAACUUUUAAGACUACUUUGUCUGUCAAUAUCACCACUGAUCAAUCUGCCCUUUUAGCCUUAAAAUCCCAUAUCACUCAUGAUCCCCACAACUUCCUAGCAACCAACUGGUCCACUUCUACCUCUGUUUGCGAUUGGAUUGGUGUCACCUGUGGAUCCAGACACCACAGAGUCACUUCUCUAAAUUUAUCAUUUAUGGAUCUCUCAGGCACCAUUCCAUCUCAAUUGGGAAAUUUAUCUUUCCUUGCCUACCUCGAAAUUUGUAGCAAUAGUUUCAAUGGUGCUUUACCAAUUGAGUUAAGUAAUUUGCAUCGGCUGAAACAAUUGAACUUUGGUAACAACAGCUUCAGUGGAGAAAUCCCAUCAUGGUUUGGUUACUUUGCUCAACUUCAAGGCCUGUUUUUGUACAUGAACAACUUCACUGGUGUUAUCCCGUCCACUCUUGGCAAUCUGUCAAAACUUAAAAAGUUAAACUUGCUCAGCAACAGUGUCCAAGGGCAAAUCCCCAUGACUCUAGGAAACCUUUCAAACUUGGAAUAUUUAUAUCUGGGUUAUAAUUCUCUUUCAGGUCAUAUUCCUUGGUCAAUCUACAACAUUUCCUCUUUGCAAGUAAUUUCUCUGGGAUUCAACAAUCUCUUUGGUUCUCUCUCCUCCAAUAUGUUCGAUUAUCUUCCUCAAUUAUCUAUUCUUGAUUUGGAAAGCUGUCAACUUUCUGGAAGAAUUCCAAUGAGUUUAUUCAAAUGCAAAGAGUUAAAAUAUAUAUACUUGUAUGAUAAUCAUUUGGAGGGAACUGUGCCAUUAGAAAUCUCAAAUUUAACUUCACUUCAACUUUUCGGCAUCCAAGGAAACAACUUUUCAGGUACAAUUCCAUCGGUUAUAGGAAAUAUAAUUUCUCUAGAGAUUAUUAAUUUUUCGGAUAACAACUUGACAGGUCAAAUUCCUUCCUCAUUAUGCAAUUUGAGUUCCCUUAUGGCUCUCUCAUUAUUGAACAAUGGUUUGGAUGGAACAAUUCCGGAAUGCAUUGGAAACUUGAGUUCUCUUUCGAUGCUUGAACUAGGGAUGAAUAAUUUUCAUGGUAAAAUACCUGAAUCUUUUGUUAAAGGUUGCAGCUUAAAAAGUUUUCUAAUCAACAACAACCAAGUAGAAGGGUCACUGCCACGAUCUUUGGGUAACUGUAAAGAAUUGAAGCUUCUAGAGGUCAGCAACAAUUAUUUAAAUGACACUAUUCCAAAAUGGUUACGAAAUUUGGAUGAGCUACAAGGGCUUGACUUGAGAUCAAAUAGAUUCUAUGGUCAAAUUCCUUCCUCAUUAUGUAAUUUGAGUUCCCUUACGGAGCUCUCUUUAUCGAACAAUAGUUUGGAUGGAACAAUUCCAGAGUGCAUUGGAAACUUGAGUUCUUCCCUUUCAUCCCUUGACCUACGGAUGAAUAAUUUUCAUGGUAAAAUACCUGAAAAUUUUGUUAAAGGUUGCACUUUACAAAGUUUUCGAGUCAACAAUAACCAAGUAGAAGGGUUACUGUCACGAUCUUUGGGUAAUUGUAAAAACUUGAAGCUUCUGGAUGUCAGCAACAAUUAUUUAAAUGACACUUUCCCAAAUUGGUUAGGAAUUUUGGAUCAGCUACAAGUGCUUGACUUGAGAUCGAACAGAUUCUAUGGUAAGGUGGAUAGCUCUGAUGAUACCUUCACUCAUUUGCGUAUCAUUGAUCUUUCUCGUAAUAACUUCAGUGGCUACUUACCUAUGAACUUUUUUGAAAAUUUACAUGCCAUUAGAGAAGUGAAUGAAAAGAAAGUUAAACCAGAGUACAUGAAAGAUGCAAGAGCUUUUACAGCAGAAUAUACUGUGAUAGGUUUAUCUUUUACAACAAAAGGAUUGGAAACAAAGUUUGAGAAACUAUCAACCAUAUGGACACUUAUUGACUUCUCCAGCAACCAAUUCUCCGCAGAAAUUCCUAAAACAAUUGGAGAGCUUCACUCACUAAUUGUCCUAAAUCUCUCUCAUAAUUGUUUAACAGGUCCUAUCCCAUCAUCAUUAGAUGAUUUGUCAGAACUUGAAUCAUUAGAUCUCUCAUCAAACAAGCUCCAUGGAAGAAUUCCAACAGAGUUAAAAAAUCUUGGAUUCCUAGAGGUGUUAAACCUUUCUCAUAAUAAUCUCACGGGACCUAUUCCUCAAGGCAAACAAUUGGAUACUUUCAAUAAUGAUUCCUACAUAGGAAACUUGGGUUUAUGUGGAUGGCCGUUAUCAGAAAGUUGUCAUAAUGAUGAGGGAAAUCCAACUAAAUUUGAUAGAGAUGAUGAUGGAUUGAAUUGGAAAUUUUCAAUAUUGAUGGGGUAUGGAUCUGGGUUGGUGCUGGGACUGAGUACGGGAUACAUUGUAUUUGCAACUGGAAGACCAUGGUGGUUCAUUAAGAUCUACGAGAGAGUUCGACAAAGAUUUGAAAAAAAGGUAAAAAAGAGAUCUCUUUGACGGAUUUGUGUUGCAAAACAAGCAGUGGAGAGAGCAGAAAACUUCAUAUAUAUCUAUUGCCGCGUGGGUGCUUUUCUGUAUGUAUUAUGUUUUCCUGCAUCCUCUCAUAUAGCAGCGUUCCGUUGAGUAUUUCCACCUUGUAAUGACUAUCUUAAUCGGUAUUUUCUAGGCGUUUCACUUCCGUUUAAAUAAAUUUAUCGUGGGUUAAUUUCUUUCAAAGAUAGAGUUUGGCAAGAAUCAAGGUAGGUAAUAAGAAUUGAAACAGAGGGAUGCCGUUAUCAAAAAGUUGUGGUAUUGAUGAGGGAUGAUGAGUGUUCUAAAUUGAUGAUGUUUUCUUGUUAAUUCUUCUAUUUUGUGAAUUUAUUAGUGAUG